AAUUUAUAUAUUAGAAAAGUAACCACAAAAGACGUGAAAAUGUAGUUUCAGCAUCAAACUUUGGCUUCUCUCCCAAUUCUUCGGCGCUUUGUAAUCUUCUGCUGAAAGAUACAGCUACAUCGCAGAAUCCAACUCCUCAAAAGUUAUUGGUAGCCGAAAGCAUGGAAUUCGGGGAAAGUCGAUCCUCCAGUACCGAAAUUGAAUCGGAGAAGCCAUCCUUAAUACCUGGAAUUCCAGAUGAUAUAGCCCUUUGUUGCUUAGCGAGAGUUCCCCGAAAGUAUCAUCCGAUUCUCAACUGUGUUUCGAAGAGAUGGAGAGAUUGGAUUGGCUCUCAAGAAUGGCUUUCAUAUAGGGUGAAGCAUAAACUGGAUGAGACUUGGAUUUAUGCUUUAUGCAGAGAUAAAUCCGAGCAGCUUUGCAUGUAUGCGUUGGAUCCCGACCAAUUGAAAAGAGGCUGGAAACAGAUUCGUGGCCUUCCGUGCAAUUGUUUGAAGAGAAAAGGCGUCGGAUUUGAAGUGUUGGGUAAGAACAUUUACCUGUUUGGAGGAUGUGGUUGGAUUGAAGAUGCUACUGAUGAAGUUUAUCAUUAUGAUGCUUCGGUGAAUACUUGGACUAGAGAUGGUUCUUUAUCCACUCCCAGGUGCUUCUUCGCGUUCGAAGCUUUAGAUGGUAAAAUUUAUGCUAUUGGAGGGCUUGGAAGGAAUUCAAGCAAUCCACAUCUAUGGGACAUUUACGAAAGCCGUACAAAUUGUUGGAGUUCUCAUGCAGACCCAAAUAUUCUUCCCGAUAUCGAAGACUCAAUGGUAUUUGAUGGGAAAAUUUACAUUCGGUGCGGUAAUUCAUCUGUAUCUCCUCACGUGUACGCCGUUGUGUACGAGCCGUCAAGUGGCAUGUGGCAGCACGCGGAUGCUGACAUGGCAUGCGGGUGGCGGGGCCCAUCGGUUGUGAUAGACGGUGUCUUGUAUGUGUUGGACCAAACUUCGGGGGUGAGGUUGAUGAUGUGGAAGAAAGAUGUUAGAGAGUGGGUGGCUGUAAGAAGACUUUCGACUCACCUCAUAAGUCCACCGUGUCGGCUUGUGGGAAUCGGUAAGAGAAUAUUCGUUAUCGGGAAGGGACUUAGCACUGUGAUGUUUGACGUUGAAAACGCUGGCUGUGUGGAUGGUGUUCUGGUGACGACUUCUGUUCCGAAAUUGACUUCUGACGAUGAUGUAAUAAGCUGCAAGUCUCUUGCUAUUUGAGCUUCUUUUUUGUAACUAAAUGUGAAUUUCCUUUGUGGUUUGUAAAAUAUAUAUACAUACUUGGUAAUUUGAUCCCAAAAAAAAAACACAAUUUGAUGUUGUUGCCUUGAUACUAUGUUGGAAUUUCUGAGAUUGCUUUAUUUUUAUCUUUAAUUUUUUUCAGAAAUUUA